UCCUCCCUGCUCUGUGGUCGGACUCUGAUGUGUGUUUGCACUGUUACUAAUAGACUGUUUUUGCCGGGUCAAUAACAGUUAUCAGAACGAGAUGAAGUUCCUCUGCAGUGGAUCAAUUGCGCCUCUCGUGCUUCUCCUCAUCCUGCCAGUUUGCCGGGCUGCUCAUGGGCGCUUCGCUCAGAAACUGAUGAAAGACUUAUUUACCAACUACACCAAUGCUCUGCGGCCGGUGGAGGACACCGACUACAUCAUCAAUGUCACAUUACAGGUCACUCUCUCCCAGAUCAUUGACAUGGAUGAGCGGAACCAGAUCCUGACUACCUACCUGUGGGUCCGCCAGGUAUGGAUGGAUGCCUUUCUCACAUGGAAGAAGGAGGACUAUGAUGGCCUUGACACCAUCCGCAUACCCAGCAGCUACGUUUGGAGACCCGAUAUUGUUCUGUAUAACAGUGCAGAUGAUGAGUUUUCCAGCUCCAUGGAGACCAAUGUUGUUCUUCGUAACGAUGGCCAAGUCAUGUGGGACCAGCCAGCCAUCACCAAAAGCUCCUGCUCUGUUGAUGUGGCCUUCUUCCCCUUCGAUUUGCAGCAGUGUGACCUAACCUUUGGCUCCUGGACUCACAACGGAAACCAGAUGGAUUUGUUCAAUGCCCUGGACAGCGCCGACUUGAAAGACUUUGUCCCCAAUGUGGAGUGGGAGGUUCUGGGAAUGCCAGCCAAGAAAAAUGUCAUCUUGUAUGGCUGCUGCUCAGAGCCAUACCCAGACAUUACCUUUUCCCUCCACCUGAAGAGGCGGGCCUCCUUCUACAUCUUCAACCUCCUCAUUCCCUGCAUGAUGAUCUCCUUUCUGGCUCCGCUGGGCUUUUACCUGCCAGCGGAUUCAGGUGAAAAGGUUUCUCUGGGUGUCACAGUGCUGCUGGCCCUCACCGUGUUUCAGCUGCUCGUAGCUGAGAGCAUGCCACCCUCUGAGAGCGUCCCGCUGAUAGGAAAGUACUACAUUGCCACCAUGACCAUGGUCACUGCAUCAACAGCGCUCACCAUCUUCAUCAUGAACAUCCACCACUGUGGCGGGGAGGCUCGUCCCGUGCCUGAAUGGGCCGAGCGCUUCAUCCUCAAGUACCUCGCCCGCAUCUGCUUCGUGUACGAGGUGGGUGAGAACUGCCUCGGUGGCGCCAGGAAAGAACCUUUAUCACAGGAGGGGUCUGACAGCCCAUCAGCCAAUGGCGGCAGCACCAAAGGAGCAAAUUGGGAUGUCAAUGGGAAGGCGUGGGGAGGAAAGGUGGAGGUGGAGCCUCUGAAGAUGGGGCAGGAAGUAACCAACCAGACAGACUGGAAAGAGGAUCUGUUUGUGACCAUUGACCACUCACAGGAGAAAGGAGCUGCUGUAGUGCGAGGGGAGGAAUCAAACUGCGGUGAGCACGAAGAGGAAAAGAAAGGCGUAGGUGUUGAGGGAGGAGGUGGAGAUGGGGGGAACAGGAGGGAGAUCUUGGUGAAGUGUUUAUGCCAACACCAGGAACUGGGCAAGAAUGUUGAGUACAUUGCCAACUCCUACCAGGACCAGCGAGCAGCACAGCUGCGCAUCGGCGAGUGGAGGAAGGUCGCCAAGGUCAUGGAUCGCUUCUUCAUGUGGCUCUUCUUCAUCAUGGUCUUCUUCAUGAGCAUCCUCAUCCUGGGAAAGUCCAUCUGAUGGA